UGUUCCUGCCUGUGCCUUCGAGGAUUUCUCCUUGCAGAAUGUCCUGCCAGCCUGGAUUCCUGUGCCCCUCAGGACAGUGUCCCCAGGGAGCCUCUCAACCAGCGUGGCUGGACUGACUCACCCUGGGCAGCCCCUCCAGCCUGGAUGGACCUUUGUCCACAUGGUGAUUGUCCAGGCCCCAGAGCCCCAGAGCCUUCAGCGUGUUGUGUAGAGGGAGCCGAGAGGGUGAGAUGGGCCAGGAGAGGAUUCCCCUGCUGCCCUGAGCAGGGACCUGUUUGCAUUCUAUCUGUCUCUUGAGUCCCGUCCUUCUGCCUGCUGUCAACAACCUUGGGGAUCAUUCGGCUGUGUCUGUCUGGGACAUUUGUCCAAUGGGUUCUUCAGAGUGGCUGCACCAGUCCCUCUCAUACUCCCUUACACUCAUUAUCUUUCCACUUUCCCCUUCAACUCUGCCACUGGGCUGAGCAGAGGAUCUAUCUAUUCAUACCUCACACAUGUGUUAUUCCUGCCAGCCCCAGUGGCACUGCCUGGCUCCAGCAUCCCUGUAGUGUUUUCCCAUUCCAACGAGGCUUUCCUGGGUAUCUCUUUGGAUAUCAAAGUAAGAGGCCUUGCAGUAGUGCUUCUAAAACCUCCCAAGGCCCUGUAGCUUUCCAGGCUCAAGACUUUUGUGUUCCAAACGUCUCCUGCAAGCACAAGAGCUCUGGAGGGUUGGUGGGAAGGGGAAUGACCGGUGUCCUCCUGCAGGGGCCAUGGCACUGGUGUCCCCGUGGUUCUGGCUUGGAGCAGGACAAGCAGCACUGUCCCCUCUGCACCCCUGAGGUUUCCACCUGCUCCUCCUUCCCUUUGCCCUCCCUCACACCUGCCUGGCUCCCAGGCUGAUGGUUGCAUGGUUUUCAUUCCUGAUGCCCCUGUGCUUCAUUGGGAGCUGGACUGAGUGGUGGCAGACAGGGAGAUAUUGGUAGUCCUGAGAACCCCUGGGACAUGAGCAAAGUGUUCUGAGGUUCUUCGAAAAUCUGUGAGGAGAGGAAGAAGUACGAGGCAGCGGCUGUAGAGCAGGUGAUGUUAGGUACCAUGUGCUUCCCACUUAUUCUCACCUCUCCAAAUCCUUCCCUUCCACUGUGCUUUCCAGGCUCUGCCCAUUUACAGACACUUAAUUCAAGCCCAGUGUCUUCCCAGCAUGCUGAAUGGUGUAGGAAAAUCAGUUUCUCCACAUCCAGUACUCUGCCAGGUUCAAAGCUGAGCCGAGGAUUAAUUUUCCUGGGAAUCGAGAGCCUGGAAGAUACUUUUAGUACAGGCAAUGCCUGCACUUUAGCUUUUGUUCUGAUGUAGGAACUGCUGAUGCUUUCCUUGGAGGCUGCUGAUUUGUUGGCUAUAUCCCAGGAUAUUUCCUUGGAUCCCAGUUCUUUUGCUGUUGUUUCCUUGUCAUUUACUUGCUUUUAUUUCAUUGGAUAAUGCUUCCUUGGAGGCAAUAUUCUUGGCUUUUUCCUCACUACUGUUUCCUUUACUAUUUCCUUAAAUUUCCUUCAUGGUUAUUUCCUUGCCCUUAUUUCGUUGGAUGUUGUUUCUCUGCUGUUCUUCCAGACGAAAGAAGCCUAAGGAAAUGCUGUUCCCCAGAGACAAGAUGCUCUGGCCUGGACCCUGCCCUGUAUCCAGCACCCCAAAUCUGAACCACUGAGUGUAUGACCCCUCUUUGCUGGGGAGGAUGCUGCUGGUGGGUGCCAUGCUUAGGACAGCCCAAAGUCCUCUGGGGACUGGGACUGGAGGGAUCCAGGAAGCUUUGGGUGUCCCAAGCAGUCACCACAGCCCAGGCUCCAGAGCCGCAGCUUUCCCGGGGCCAUGACAUCCCGGGGACACCCUGCGCAUGUGGCAGGGUCCAUGCGUGUCCAAAUGUCUGUCCGUGUGUGUGCAGCUGUGUGUCUAUGUGUUUGUCCAGCUGUGUCCAGCUGUGUGUCCAGCUGUGUCCGUGCGUGUCCAGGGUCCCUCGCGCGGGGCGUGGCCGGGCGCUGUCGGCCCCGCCCAUCCGUUGAUGACGUCAGAAGGGCGGUGCGUGCGUGCUCAAGGCACUUCCGGGUUUCCCGGCCGGAGCCGCGGAGCCGUGACGGCCGUCCCACUGCCGAGGGAUGCGGGCCACCCACCCAGCCGGAUGGCACCGGGAACAUCCACAGGGAAACUCCAGCACUGGGAAUCCAAAGCAAUACAAAAACUGGGAAUAGAAACCUGGGAACAUCUUGCCUCAACACGCUGGGGCUUUCACAACCUGCUUGGCCUGUGCAUGGUGGCUCCAGCGGCUGCAGCGCCACAGAAAAUCAACCCCAGCUCUCCCUGCGGCUCUGGCAAAUUGUAGCCUGGUGCAGAAGCAGAGUGUCACUUCUUGGGAGACCGAAGAGCCAGGCUCUGGGACAGGGGCUCUGCUCUGCUGGCAUGAGCCUUGAUUCCAGCUGUUUCUAAAGAAUCUGGCUGGUUUGUAGCAGUUUGGGAAAUCAGCAGCUCUGCCCUCGCACCAUGACUCUUCUCCUGGGUGACAUGUGAAGGCAGCGCAGGGAGCAGCAGCAGCAGAGAUGCAUUCCAGCCACCUUGAGGACCCCAAGGAAGCCAUCCAGCUGAUCAAGAAGCAACUGGUGAAUGCCAUCAAGGCUUUGCAGAAGCAGUACGUGAGCUCGGACACCGUGGUCACCAGCGAUGAUGGCAACGCCAACACACUCUGCAGCGCCCUGGAAGCUGUGUUUGUGCACGGGCUGAAGGCAAAGCACAUCAAGGCAGAGACUGGGGGGAAAGGGAAGAAAUCAGGGGGUCGGGGCCCCCUUCCCCAGCCAGUCUUUUGGGGCCUGCUGAAGAGCAUCACCCAUCGAAAUAUUGUCUCGGAGCUGGAGCAGCUGGUGUUUAUUAACACGGAUGUGGGGCGCUGCCGGGCCUGGCUGCGGCUGGCACUGAACGACAGCCUCAUGGAGUGUUACCUGAAGCUGCUGCUGCGGGACUGCAGCCGGCUGCACGAGUACUACCAGACCCCAGCUCUGCUCCUGGACACUGAGGAGUGCGAGUUUCUCCUCUGCUACUUGCAGGGUUUAUCGUCCUUAACCUUCGAGCUCUCCUACAAGUCAGCAGUUCUGAACGAGUGGACCAUCACCCCGCUGUCCCUGUCGGGCCUGUGUCCUGUGUCCGAGCUGCUGGAGCCCCUCACGUCCUCAGCCUCUGAACCCCGCAGGAAAGCAUCACUGGGCUCCAUCUCCCAGUCCUCGGGGUCUGAUGAGAUCGAGAUCCAAGCCCCUGUCCUGCCCAUCAGCAAAGCCAGCAGCAAGACCAAGCUCACGUCAUCCUCGCUGAGCCUGAACACCACGAGCUCGUCCCAGCUCUCCUCCAGCCUGGGCUCCGACAGCCUCCCCCCGGCGCCCUGCGCCCGCAGCCCCGAGCGCGGCGAGGAGCUGCUGUCCUGCGACUCCGACCUGGGCACGGCCACGGCCGAGGACCUGGACAGGUCCCUGCAGGAGGUGUUGUCCGAGUUCAGCAAGGCCAGGCCAAGCCCGGACGCCCCGGAGGGACAGCUGCUCCCCAGUGUGCUGGGCUGCUCCCCCCGGGCUCCCCCGGCACCGACCCACGGAACGCAGCAGGAGCCUCCCCCCAGCACCAACAUCUCUGCUUGGACAGGAGAGCCCACGCCCCCUGCCCGUGGGGAUGGAGAUGCUGGCAGCACACCCGGAAUUCUGGCCCCUCAGGGUGGUCCAGGCAGAGCAGAGAGUGAUGGCAGCGAGGGGAGCCCGGCUGUCCACAGCCCCACAGCCCAGCACCUGCUCUCCCCCCUGCCGGGGUGUCCGAAGAGCUGGAUCUCAGAAGAUGAUUUCUACAGACCUUCCCCGGGAGAGAGCAGUAGGAGCACAGCUGACACCAACGGCUUCGGGCCAGAGGGGGACAGCAAGGAGCCAGCCCUGGGGCUCAUCAGUGCCCUGGACUUGGAGAGGCUCUCAGUGCCAUCCUCAGACACUGGGAAGCCCAAAAUGUCCCCGGAGCGGGAGCAGAAGGGCUUCAGCGUGGUGCACCGCAGGCAGAUGGGUCUUUCCAACCCUUUCCGUGGGCUGCUGAAGCUGGGCAGCCUGGAACGGCGAGGAGCCAUGGGGAUUUGGAAGGAGUUUUCCUGCGAGCUGUCCCCGCUGGAGCUGCGCCUCUUCCUGGACCACGAGGAGCGGAUCUGCGUGGAGACCUACUCCCUGCUGCGCUGCGAGUCCCUGGCGCUGACCCACUCCGACGGCCGCUUCGAGCUGGUUUUCCUGGGCAAAAAGCUCUUCCUUCGAGCCCCUUCCCGGGACGAGGCCGAGGACUGGCUGGACAGGAUCCGCGAGGCGCUGCGCAAGUGCCGGCCGCAGCUGGAGGAGGAGGACUGGGAGACUCUGGAGUACUCUGAGAAUGGAGGCGAAGCCCAGCCCACCCAGGGCGAUUCCAGUGCUCUCCAGUACAGUGACGUGCCUGGGAACAGCUUGGACUGGACUCCAGCUCCAGAAGCAGAGCUGGAUGCAAUCAAAGAGACUGUUCUGUACAUGGACGUGGACAAAACCUGGGUCCCGUUUAUUUUUUCCCUGUCUCUAGAAACUCUGAAGUGCUUUAAAAUCAGAAACAAUGACAAAAUUUUAAGCAACAGUUAUGGCAUAGAGACCAUCCAGGACAUCCUUCCAGACACGAGCCUGGGAGGACCCUCCUUCUUCAAGGUGAUCACCUCCAAGGCUGUGCUGAAGCUGCAGGCUGAGAACGCAGAGGAGGCGGCCUCGUGGCGGGAGCUGGUCCGAGAGGUGCUCAUGUCCUACCUGGAGAGCGCCGAGGAGGCUCUGACCCUGGGGGGCAGCUUGGAUGGGCACUCCCAGGUCGUCCUGAAGAACAUCGUGAAGGAAAACGGCUUCUUGUUGCAGUACCUGGUGGCCAUCCCCAUGGAGAAGGGCCUGGACUCACAGAGCUUCAUCUGUGCAGGCUGCUCCCGGCAGAUCGGCUUCUCCUUCGCCAGGCCCAAGCUCUGCGCCUUCUCCGGCCUCUACUACUGCGACAGCUGCCACCAGGACGAGGAGAGCGUGAUCCCCUCCCGCCUCAUCCACAACUGGGAUCUGACCAAACGAGGGGUGUGCAAGCAGGCCAUGAAGUUCCUGACACAGAUCCGAAACCAGCCGCUGAUCGAUCUGAAGCUGGUCAACGAGAGCCUCUACGAGCACGUGGAGAUGAUGGGGCGGAUCCUGCGCAGCCGGGAGCAGCUGAAGCUGCUGGGGGAUUAUCUCAUCAUGUGCCGCAGCGGCGCCCUGAAGGAGCUCAGCAAGCGGCUUGAUCACAGGCAUUACCUCCUGGAGUGUCCCCACAAAUACAGCGUGGCUGAUCUGAGGCAGAUCGCCGACGGCGUCUUCGAGACCUUCCUGCAGUCGCUGCUGCAGUUCGCAUCCCACCACGUCUACAGCUGCGACCUGUGCACCCAGCGGGGCUUCAUCUGCCAGAUCUGCAACAGCAGCGACAUCAUCUUCCCCUUCCAGUUUGACACUACCACCAGGUGCAGUGAAUGCAAAACUGUCUUCCACCGGGACUGCCAUGCCCGAGCUCCAUCGUGCCCGCGCUGCGAGCGGCGGCAGCGGUACCAGCGGCAGCUGGAGACCAGCACAGAGCCCAGCCUGUAGCCUGGCACCGACCUCGACACUGCCCUCGGGAUGGGGAUGGCGGGAGGGACAGAGCAGAGCCCCUCCCUGCCUGAGAGCCCAUCCUGCACCUGGCCCUGCCCUGGGGAUAGGGACAAUGUGGGGUGGGUGCUCCUGCCCCACGGAGGGACCUUCUGCCCACCCAGGGCUAAAGAAGGGGACUGGAAAAAUCCAUCCCCCUAUCCCCCUUCACACUAACCAGGUGCUGUUCCCUGUCACCCUCCUGGUGCCAAUGUCCCCUCCCCAGUGGACCCCAGUGGCUCUUCAGGGUGUCAUCCCAGAAUUCCAGUCAAGGGUGUGGAGAACUGACAUUGAUCAAAGCUCUAGUUUUUUAGGAUACUGAAAACUGGUAUUUUUUUACAUGGGGGUUUUGCACAACUGGGCUGCUCUGGGUGGUUGGACCCACACAGGGAGGGGACGAAGUGACACUUGUGCCUUUAGGGACCUGCACGCUCCAGGGGGACUGUGGGUGCCCAAGCAUCUCCCGCUCAGAGAGCCCAGCCCGGGCCGUGGCCUCCGGGAAGAGCUGGGGAGAGCCGGCCCGCUCCUCCCUGCUUGCUGCUGCUCAUCCUCGGGAGAAAUUUUAUUUUCCUUUAACCCAUCCUCACGCAAGAAUUAUUAAAGUCUAUUUAACAA